AUGUGUGGCAUCUUUGCCUGCCAUCGCGUCCGACACAGGGGUCCCGAUUGGAGCGGAAAUGUUAUCUGCAACAACACUAAAUCCGGCGCCCAGCCUCUUACCAAUGCCGACGACUCCAUCAUCCUCGCCGUCAACGGUGAAAUCUACAACCACCGCCUCAUUCGAAAGAACCUCAAGAACCCUUACCACUUCAAGACCCAUUCUGACUGUGAAGUUGUGAUUCCUCUGUAUAUGGAACAUGACAUCGCCGCCCCCAAAUUCCUCGAUGGCAUGUUCUCCUUUGUCCUUUACGACAAGGCCCAGGACAGGGUUAUUGCCGCCCGCGACCCCAUCGGUGUCACCAGCUUCUACCAGGGCUGGUCAUCUUCCGAACCCGAGGCCGUGUACUUUGCGUCCGAGCUGAAGUGCCUGCACCCGGUAUGCGACAAGAUUGUCGCUUUCCCUCCCGGUCACAUCUACGACUCCAAGACCGGCCAAACGACCCGAUACUUUGAGCCGUCUUGGAAGCGAUUGAUGGCUGAGGUGCCGUACGGUGUUCUUCUCUCCGGUGGCCUCGACUCCAGUCUGGUCGCCUCCAUCGCCCAGCGCGAAACUCUCCGUCUAAAGCAGGCUGCGCUGGACGCCAACGGCGGAGUUGUCGACGACGAGUCGGCCAACGUCGAUAAGGGCGAAGGCCUUGUCGGUAUCGACGAGGAUUAUAAGCUCUCGACCCUGACCUUCCUUCCCCAACUCAACUCCUUCUCCAUCGGUCUCCCUGAUGCGCCAGACACCAAGGCCGCGCUCGAGGUUGCCAAGUUCCUCGGAACCAAGCAUCACGUCAUGACCUUCACCAUCGAGGACGGUCUCAACGCCCUCUCGGACGUCAUCUACCAUCUCGAGACGUACGACGUUACUACAAUUCGAGCCUCCACCCCCAUGUACCUUCUCUCCCGCAAGAUCAAGGCCAUGGGUAUCAAGAUGGUUCUCAGCGGCGAGGGCAGUGAUGAGAUCUUUGGUGGUUACCUCUACUUCCACGCGGCCCCUGACAGGGAGGCCUUCCACGACGAGACGGUUCGCCGUGUGAAGAACCUGCACCUUGCCGAUUGCCUCCGCGCCAACAAGUCUACUUCGGCCUGGGGUCUUGAGGCCCGUGUACCCUUCUUGGACAAGCAGUUCCUCGAGACUGCCAUGAACAUUGACCCCCAGGACAAGAUGAUCACCGAGGGCAAGAUCGAGAAGUACAUUCUCCGCAAGGCCUUCGAUACCAAGGACGAGCCCGACGUCCAGCCCUAUCUCCCCGACGAGAUCCUGUACAGGCAGAAGGAGCAGUUCUCCGACGGUGUCGGCUACGGCUGGAUUGACGCCCUCAAGGACAACGCCGAGCUUCACGUUACCGACGAGAUGAUGAAGAACCCUAAGCCCGAGUGGGGAAGCGAGAUUCCCGAUACCAAGGAGGCGUACUGGUACCGACUAAUGUUUGAUGAGCACUUCCCCGUAUCCUGCGCCUCGACCGUCAUGAGGUGGACUCCCAAGUGGUCCAAGCAGACCGACCCUAGCGGACGAGCCAUCUCCAUCCACAACGCCAAGUACAACUCGACCGAGUAA